AAAGGGUUAAUCCGAAUUAAUCUUGAAUUAAAGAUGAGAGUAUGCACUUUCAUCAAGUCUUUAUUUUUUGACAACAAAAUAGAGACCUAUGACUUUAAAUUAAAAUUACGUAAAGAUUAAAUUUAAUUUAAAAAAAUAUGGCACCUAGGCAGCUGAUCCAUCUCUGACAGUGUUAUACAUUCAGCAUUUGUAUUAUUAUUAAUAAUAGUUUGGGGAGAAAGUAGCAUGAAAUGGGAUUUUUACAACAUUCACAUGCACAGAUGUACUUUGAAUAUUUAGUUCACUGAAGCUUGACUAUACACAGCACAUUCUCUGACUUUAUGCUGAUCAUUUGCAUCUGCAGUUGCUUUUUUCAUAAUCUCUAUAAAAAGAUAUCUGCAUACGAAUAUUUAGAACUGAGCAACAGAGUACAGAAAGUUUUCUGGUUUCUGUUUAUACUCUGAGUUGACCAAACAUGUUUAAGAAGGCUAAUGAAGCUUUAUUUUAAUAAGUGCUUUUUUCAUAAUGUAUCUACAUUUGUUAACAGUGGCUGUUGGUUAAAACACAAAUCAUUUGCCCAAAUAUCCUGCUGAUAGACCGGAAGCCCUGAAAUAUUGGACAAUGCCUCCAGAGACCAAACGAUGUUUUCUUCAUAAUAUGAUGCACUGGAGUUGUAUUUCACAGCUCUUUAUUAAAAUUUUCAUCAUGCUAAAGUAACCCGAAGCUCCUUUUAGUUCAUAAAUUCACUUCAGGUAUUAAUGGCUAAAGUUGGAGUCUCGGUCUGUCAACAGAAAAUCCGCACAACUUUGCUGCCUAGUGAAAAAUUUCAAAGGAAAGUGGUUCUUAGCACAUUACACGCCAUCCUCUCCCAGCUCUGCAAACUCCAUUGCCAUGGAAACAUAUUGACAUGCACGACAUUUGGCACGCAACCAUUUGUCAGAGCUUGGUGAUGACACAAAUCUCACACAAUGGCAGCUACUACUCAGGUUAGGGUAGUGAUGUCCUCAGGUUGUCAAAUGGACUGAUGCCCCAAAUGCCUGACAGGUAAAGACAGAUUCAUCUGCAUUCACAAAUCUACAGCUUUGAGUCCAGACAGCAAAUAUUUCAGGCGUUUUCAGAUUUAAAAAAAAAAACACGGUGUCACCAUGCUCUUUUGUGUUGUAAAACUGUCCAAAACAAAACCAGAUCAUAUUUUUUUUCCAUGUGUUCCAUUGGCAGAACAAAUAUUAUGAAUAUCUGCUUUUUUCCAUGUGCUUUGCACCUGAAAUCUGUUAAUGACAAGCUCUCAGCAUGUUCUGUUUUUAAGCAGCAUUAAUAUGUUAAACACUUGUCACCAUAUUGUCUAUUAGAGCGGGCUGAUUUGUGUCAGGGUUCAGCUCCAUUUGGUUGUUGGAUGCUUGCUUGAUUUUACCAUUUAAUCAUUUUUAACAGUGCAACCUUGUGAUCUCUCGUUGUUCAGCCACAAAGAUCAAAAAGCGGCUUUCAUAAGCGAGGAUUUAAUGAUAAAGCAAAUGAAAGCCUAAAACCAAAUGUGCUUUUUAGAAUUCAGGCUUAUUUUAGUUUAAUGACACUGUCUACAUCUUUCACUAUCUAGCAAUUGCACUGUGGUAUAUUGCAAGGCUACUGUCUGUAAUGGUCUCAACUGAUUCAUUUUCUGUAUAGUACUUUAUCCAUGUAGCUAAAUUAAUCAGUUUGCAAAGCCUGACUUGACUUAUGAACCCUCUCCUCAGAAAAAUUUGAAACUAACUGAAACUCUAAGCGAUUUAUUGUUGACUUUUAAGGUGCAGCAAGCUCAAUUAAAACUGAAAGAGACAGGCCAUGUAACACUUUGUAAGUCAGAGGAAGGACGUUAAAAUUGAUCUGUUUUUUUAUGGAGAGCAUAUAGUGACACAAGGACAGAGGUGACGUGCUCACAUCUCUAAUCUCUUGUCAAUAUUCUCUCAGGACACUUUGGGUGUCUUGUUGAUUUAAUGCAGCAUACAAAGACAGACAAGUACAAUUUUACAUCAGAUGAUGCUGAGUGAUAAAUGUAUGAAGCCUAAAUCCUGUUAUACCAAAUCAAAACAGCCAUUCAGCUCACAAAAGAUGCAGGUAAAAUUAGUGAAAUUAAAGUAGAGGUCUGUAAGUAGGUGUGGAAUGUUUUUGCCUUCCAGAUCCAGAAAUAAGUUGCAUUUUUUUAAUAUAUUUGUUUAUUUUUUUUAUUUUAAAGCUGCAAGUAGUGAAGACAGUGCUGGAUUCAAGAAUGAUAGCAACAACAUAAAAGUCCCAUCAAUGACUUAUGUGAAAGAUCAUAGUACCAUGAGUCAAAUUCAGCCCACCUGUGCAAUGAGAUUAUGAUGAGUCACCACAUUACAGUGAAACCUGCAGCCGGAGUGGACAGGGAGAUACCAGGGAAGUGAAACUCCUGCUUGGUGACAGAUGCAGCGAUGUACUUCCAUCAUAGAUAAGCGAAUUUUACAGCGUCAGACGCGUCUGCAGCGGGGGAGAGCAGUGGAGGGACACGGAAACUUGUGUGGUGCAGGAGACGGUCUCUGAAUCUGCGCUGCCACAGUUGUCACAGACAGAGAAGAGCCAUGGUUACUUCACUCCUACUGAUGCUCAGCUGGACUGUGAUCUCUGAGGUUGUGAGAGCUCAGAAUGACACGGAACCGAUCGUCCUGGAGGGCAAAUGUCUCGUGGUCUGCGACUCUAAUCCGGCAACGGACUGGAAGGCUUCAUCCUCUCCGCUCGGCAUCUCGGUGCGCGCCGCCAACUCCAAGGUGGCUUUCUCUGCAGUCCGGAGCAACAACCACGAACCGUCGGAAAUGAGCAACAAAACAAGAAUAAUCUACUUCGAUCAGGUUCUUGUGAAUAUAGGAAACUACUUCACAUUUGAAUCAGUAUUUCUGUCCCCGAGGAAAGGAGUCUACAGUUUUAACUUCCACGUGAUUAAAGUGUACCAGAGCCAAACCAUACAGGUGAACUUGAUGUUGAAUGGGAAACCAGUCAUCUCUGCCUUUGCGGGUGACAAAGAUGUAACUCGCGAGGCAGCCACUAAUGGAGUUCUGCUCUAUCUUGAAAAAGAGGACAAAGUCUACCUAAAGCUGGAGAAAGGAAACCUAGUUGGUGGAUGGCAAUACUCAACAUUUUCUGGCUUUCUUGUGUUCCCUCUGUAAAAAAGAAAAAAACAAAAGAAAAAAGAAAAAAAGAAAAGAAGAUUGUAAGCUCACUGACUUCUUCAUAAUGUGUUGUCACAGUAUAAUCAAAACAUUGCUGCUGCAUCAGUUGGAUCUUGCCAAAAUGUUGAAAAAUGAUAGAUGGAAAUGGAUCCCAACAUAGAGAGGAAAAUAAGACUUUGGAAAUGGUUCACGUUCGCUGGAAGUGCUGUGUCCCCGUCCAGAUGAAAGAGAGACUUGAAAUGUUCCCUAUCGCUACUGUAUGUUCCUGUCACUCAAGCAGCCUCAGAGAGGAACACUAAAACAUCUCAAAAGUACUUUUCAGACUUUCACUUGUCGGAAUAUGUUUAGCAUACUGAUGUUUUUUCCCAUGACAGCGGUUGCAUUCAAAGACAUCUGCCUUUUGAGAGUAAACCGUAUGCCUGUUACCUGUGUAGCUUGUCAUCAACCAAGUAUUUGUAUUGCUAAGUAAUGGGGAAUGUCUUUUCUGGACCUAAUUGUUCCAGGAUACGUGAGGGAUAGCAGUAAUGUAGGUCACCGAUUGCCUAAAACAAUGCUAUUGGAAAUUCCUUAAUCAAACAAAGUAAUUUAAAAUUGAUUUAAAAAUUGCUGAAGUGGCCACAAGCCACAUCACCUCGCAGGCUUAACCUUCAGAAUUUUACUAAACGAGGCCCACGAACACAGAAAAUUACCACAAAGGGCUUUAAAUUACCAUGAAGAGAAAAAGAUCAAAUGAUCCACAAAGACAUGCAGCUAAACCACAGUAGCACAAAAAGAUACAAAAUGAGCACAAAACAUACAAAUAAGCAAAAACAAACUGAUUGAAAGGACACGCAAAGAAAAUGUGAGGAGUCUGCUUUCAGUCGGAUCUCAUUCCUGGCACAUUGACGCUCAAGUUGUGAGAUAAGUACAGGGUGUCCUUUGGUGUAGUGACGCAUCAGGUCACAGGGGCUUGUUUAAAAGUGAAACCAUGAUGUUUUUCUAUACCUAACUGAGUUUUGGUAGCUAAACUUAAUCGAUCAACAAGCGAAAACAGAAUAAAACACAUUUGUCAGGGAAAUAUGAUUCAUGCCAACUGUUUUAAUAGGACACUUUCUUUUCCGUGUUCAGUUACGCCGGGCAGUCAGACUUAUUUCAGGUAGGAAUUUGGCUUUCAACCACAAUGAAAGCAAGACAAAUCUAAUAAAACAAUUCUUUUGCAUUAAUCUUUUUGCUGUGAAGCUCUCCUUUUGUUUGGUGGUAUUUUGCUUUUGACCCUCUUUAGAAGCCAAAAGUUUCGUGCUGUUUAUUUCAGCACAAGCUUAAAUUAAGAAACAAGAGCUUUUAGUCAACAAUAGGAAGAAGUAAAAGUCCUUAAAGGUUUCUUUAGGUGAGUCAGCAGAAGGACCAUUAAUGAUUGCUUUCAGCUGCUUUUGUCUCCAAGGCUCUCUCAACCAAUCUGCUUUCAGCAGUGUGCAGCCGAGGUGGCGGUUGAUUGCUUCAGCUUUCCAUCACUCUUCCUGUGAUUACCGCGCAGAUCUCAGAAGGCGCAGAAAUCCUCUGCUGCCUGGGCCUUUUGUUGUGCCCUGUGUGUAACUUCUUAUAUCUUGUGAUGGAAGCUUCUGGCCGGUUGCCUUUACAAGAAAGGCUUUAUGGUCAAAAACACUCCCUAUUCUGUCCUGUAGGAGAUCCUGGUAUCCCGAACCAACUCUAUGCCUUUAUUUUUUGUCUUUUAUUUGAAUUUUAAAUAAAGGACUAUUUUUUUUAAGUAAAUGCAUGAUGUUUGUUAAAUUGACCAUGCUAAAUAGUCAAGAUAAUAGCAUAAUCAAGAAGUACAGUUGUGCCUCAUCCAAUGCGUCAAGGCACCACUGCUAACCCAGAGUUAAUGGAGAACCAAAGCAGAGCAAAAAUCAAGAAAGAUGGUAGACUUAAAUAUGUCAGGUGGCCAGAAGCAUGACUUUAAAUGAGGACUAGUGCUGCGCUCGAUUUGCUUAAUUGUUUAAUUCACUGGCAACUGUGUGCCAAAACGCUCACGAAAUCAACUACGAUGACGGCAUAGGUCAGUGUUAUGUUUACAGUGUGUUCGUUUUUCUGCCCAGAGGACAAAAAAGAAAAUAAGAAAAAAAUAGAAAAAAAAAGAAAUUAGAUACUGCAGUAAGGGAAAGAUUAUGGCUUUGGUCAAAUGUGAAUAAAGUAAAUCGUGCUUCAUGUCUCUGUUGCCUUUUUUCUAUAGUGAACAAAGACCAUAAUCUCUCCCUGACCUUAACCAAGUGCUGAGUGCCUCCACACAACCAUGGAAAGUGUUAAGAAUGAAUCAGUGGCGACUGCAGAUAUUGUACUGUAAGCGCGCAUAGUACUCGAAAACAAAUAUGUUUCUGAACCUGCAGAUAAUUGGAUUUGUGUUAAAAUGCACUCGUUCAAAAUUCAAAGCGUAAAAAACAAAAUUCCUACAUGUGCUCUCCUAAUAGAUCUUACACAAGUCAACUGGUUUAUGGACCUUAAUAAAGUUUAAUGGGCAUCUGAGAACCUUAAUUAGUUAACAUGCUGAUAAUAAACAGAUUCCUGUCACAGUCUGUGAGCAUAAGUCGUUUCCACUGGGUGGCCUGGGAUAACUGAUGAAUUAAUAAACUCCUUAAUUGUUACUCCAGCUCAAUGUGCGCUUACAGUAUAUAAUGGUUCCCCUCUUCAUCUCUACAGUAGUUACAGCCCUUGCUGCAGUGUGUGCUGCUGGUGCAGUGUGCAUCUGCACUGUUAAAAAUCAACCCUAGGAGAGCCUAUUUCCAUCAUUAUUUCAUCCUGAAAUGAAAAGCUACACCCUCAUCAGCUUAAGCCUCUCUGAAGUGUUCUAGAUGUCCACUUUCACUCUUUGAGCGUACGUUUCUGCCUGUUGGUUGUUCACGUAUUAUUUGUCAGUGAUUGAUAACUUUCCCUUGGCAUCACUGUCACAUUUUGUAACCAGAAAGGGAACAUUGAAGAGGACAAUUUUUCAUCUUUCAGUUAAAGCUAAGAAUGAAAAAAAAAAAAAAAGUUCAGCUCAACAAGGCUCCUGAAAAUUGACAGUUACAGUUGUGUAACUGUCAUGCCGACAGUUGCACAAGAAAAUAAUGCUGAAAUUAAUACUGCAAAUAUAUUCACCGAGAGAGUUCUCUUUAAAAGUUUUUUAAAAGUACAAGACUGGCAGCAUUUAUUAAAUUCCACUAUGUAUAUUUAUUUUGCUGAAUUGAAAUAAUAUUUCUGGUGUCUAAAUUACAUUUGUGUUUGCUCACAUUGGUGGAAUCAUAAUGACUGUGGAAGCUGGACUGUGCCCCUGAAAUGCUUAAAGCAUCAGUUGGUGAUAAUUUUACUCCUUAAUUUUGUAUUUGAACAUAUAAAUGUAAAUCUAUGUGUUCAAAAGUUUUAUCCUGAUCAUCUUUUUUUUUAAUCAAUGUAUUAAUUGUAUACAUUAAUGUAUAAUUAAUGUAUUGACGAAUCUGCCGUUAAAUAACAAAUAAAAA